AAGGGAAGGAGCAGCCUUUGCCUUUCAUCCCUCCGUUCCCUUCCCUCGCUUGGCGGCAGGAGUCCCCCUGCACCUCCGCAAAUCCCGGCGAUGCCGCUCAAGAAACCCGACCCCAAGAAGGAAUCGGCCAAAGCAGGCUCGGAGCGGGAGCCUGCCUUCGAUCCCAAGAGCGUGAAGAUUGAAUUCACAGCCGAGCAGAUCGAAGAGUUCAGAGAAGCCUUCGGGCUCUUUGACCGGACGCCCGCGGGGACGAUGCAGAUCAGCUACGGGCAGUGUGGGGACGUGCUCCGGGCGCUCGGCCACAACCCCACCAACGCAGAGGUCCUGAAGGUGCUGGGCAAGCCCAGACCAGAAGAAAUGAACACAAAGAUGCUGGACUUCGAGACCUUCCUGCCCAUCCUGCAGCACUUCACCCGCAACAAGGAGCAGGGCACCUUUGAGGACUUCGUGGAAGGGCUGCGCGUCUUCGACAAGGAGGGCAACGGGAUGGUGAUGGGGGCCGAGCUGCGCCACGUGCUGGUCACGCUGGGGGAGAAGAUGACAGAAAGCGAGGUGGAGCAGCUCAUGGCAGGGCAGGAAGAUGCCAAUGGCUGCAUCAACUACGAAGCUUUUGUCAAGCACAUCAUGUCUGGCUGACAGGAAAAACUUCAGGAUCUUGGGAAUGUUUGAACCCACCUGAGCACCAGGAAGAGGAGAUUCCUCCAUCCGUGUCCUUUCCAUGGGAUGUUUCCACAUGAGCCACCACUCCUCGGUCUCCAUGUGUGUGCCUAAGCCUGGUAUUAAAUAAGACACCUGCAACUUGGUUUGAAACCUUAAGUUAUUCUUUUUGGGUUUUCCCUGCGAUGUUUGGCUCAUUAAAUGAAUUCCUUCCUCCCUGA